AUAAGUCGUUCUCUGAUUCUCUCUGCAGGUUUCUAUUGGUUUCUAUCAGAUAUUGCAAAGAUGGUGAUGCAUUUGUACCCGGCUGUCAGUGUCAAUUAAAGAUCACUACCUGCUCUCUACUAGAGAUGCGUUUUAUGACGAAAACUAUUUGAACAUUUCAAGAUUUCGUGUAGGCGUAUUAAACUAUAACGUGCAAUGAUGUCAACGAGAUACGUGUCGUUCCUGUCAGGUAUAGUAAUAGCCUCUUUAACAUGGGCAUUCAGUCUGUAUCUUUAUUCAAGACUGUCACAAAAUGUCAUCACCACCACUCCUACAAUGUUAGUGCCUGGUAUUUCCAAUCGGGGAGACCACAUCGACAAAGAGAUUAUGCUGCAUGACAACGUUAUCAUUGCACGCAAUGAAAAGCAUAUGAUAAUCGGUAAAGAAGCUUACAAUUUAAAGGGUAAUAAAAACGUCAGAAACAACGAUCUGCUCUCACAGCAACUGCAGCCUAUUCCAGUGAAGCCUGCAGUCAUGUUAGAUCAAGGUCUGGACGAAUUAGGUAUGGUAAAAAAUUUGGAGGAUCAACAAAAGAGAGAUGAGGGUUACAAAAACUAUGCUUUCAACAUUUUAAUAUCAGACAAUAUUGGCAUGCAAAGAGAUAUACCAGACACAAGACACAAACUGUGCAAAGCGCAAAAAUAUUCUGCCACGUUGCCAAAUGCCAGUAUAAUUAUCUGUUUUUACAAUGAGCAUUAUACUACUUUGUUAAGAUCCCUGCAUUCUAUACUUGAAAGAACACCGAUGGCACUCCUGCAUGAAAUUAUCUUGGUGAAUGAUUAUAGCAAUAGUGUUGUGUUGCAUGAAAAAAUAAACAUGUAUAUUAGAAACAAUUUUGAUUAUCGAGUACGAUUAUUCAAGACUGAAAAGAGAGAAGGUUUGAUCAGAGCGCGAGUGUUUGGCGCUAGAAGAGCAACUGGCAAAAUCCUGAUUUUUCUAGAUAGUCACAUAGAAGUAAAUGAAAUGUGGAUAGAGCCGCUUCUUUCAAGGAUUGCUUAUUCAAGAAACAUUGUACCGAUGCCAGUGAUCGAUAUUAUAAACGCAGAUACGUUUCAAUAUACCGGGAGUCCACUGGUGAGAGGUGGCUUUAAUUGGGGUCUUCAUUUUAAGUGGGACAAUUUGCCAAUUGGAACAUUAAAAGAUGACGACGAUUUUGUAAAGCCCAUCAAAUCGCCAACAAUGGCCGGAGGGUUGUUUGCUAUUGAUAGAGAAUAUUUUACAAAAAUCGGAGAAUAUGACAUCGGUAUGGACGUUUGGGGCGGAGAGAAUCUUGAGAUAUCAUUUCGAAUAUGGAUGUGUGGAGGCAGUAUCGAGCUUAUUCCCUGUUCACGAGUGGGUCACGUGUUUAGAAGACGACGGCCGUAUGGUUCGGACGAUCCGCAAGACUCGAUGUUAAAGAAUUCCUUGCGAGUUGCACACGUAUGGAUGGAUGAAUAUAAAGAUUAUUUUCUGAAAAAUACUAAAACAAUUGAUUACGGCGAUAUCUCGGAACGAUUAGCGUUGCGUCAGAAAUUAAAGUGCAAAACAUUCGGAUGGUACUUGAAAGUAGUUUAUCCUGAAUUAACACUACCAGAUGAUACAGAAAAACGACUGAAGGAUAAAUGGGCCAGACUUGAUCAAAGACCGAUGCAACCUUGGCAUUCGAGAAAGAGGAAUUAUACCGAUCAGUAUCAAAUUAGACUUUCAAAUACCGCGCUUUGCAUCCAGAGUGAAAAGGAUAUCAAAACUAAAGGUUCGAGACUUAUUUUGAUGCCGUGUUUACGAGUUAAAUCACAGAUGUGGUAUGAGACCGAUAAAAAUGAACUGGUACUUGGCCAGAUGCUUUGCAUGGAGGGAUCUGAGAAAAUCCCAAAACUCGGAAAGUGUCACGAAAUGGGAGGGAGUCAAGAUUGGCGUCUUAAGCAUAUUAAUGGUACACCUAUCUACAAUAUGGCAACGGGAACUUGCUUAGGAGCAAUACGCGACGUAAGAAAUACUCCGCUUGUCAUGGAUUUAUGCACGAGAUCAAAUGCUUCAUUGAUAACGUGGGAUCUUGUCCGGUCAAAGGUUUCGUCUAAGGUAGUCAGAUGACGCAGAAAGAAAAGUCGUAAAAAUAGGAAAAAAAAAUUUGAAGACUGGCUUGGAAGAAAAUGGUAGAUCUGAUAAAUUGUACUUGACAAAUAAUUUUAACUACAAGUAGACUUUAUAUAUGUCGAAUUUUUAAGUAAUAUUACUCAAUACAAGAAGAAACUAAUUAAGUGGAGUUUUAAAACAGUUGAAAGUAUCAUAAUUGUAUAGAAAAAGUUCUUAUAAAAAACAAUUUGUUGAAUGUGUAUAUACAUUUUAAAAUUUUUUGUAUCUUUUUUACUUGUAUAAUAAUUGUAUGUUUCCUACUUAUAUUUGAUAAAGAUUCUAUAUGUUUAAAUUAUAAAAAUAUUCUCAGUACUAUACUUUUGCAUAAUAUUAUAAGAAACUUAUUGACAAAUGUGCAGAGAUUAUAAUAAACAUAUUAUUUAUAAAAUGUAUUUGUAUAUAAGUUUUGCAUUAAAAAUGAAAAUUAAUUGAU